CCAAGUGUUCCCGAUAAAGUGUUGUUUCACUGAGAAACAGGAAGGAAACGCCCAACUCUAGAAACUCAGUAAGGAGACAGAGCCAUUUCUAAAACGCUCUCAUUUAGCUGCAGAAUAUUUUUACCACCUCACAGAGUGUGACACGCACAGAAUAACAACCAGCACCCAGAAUAACACAGAAGAAGACAAAAAGAGGAUUGCACAGAGAGGAAGUACUGUUUUCCCUGUUGCCUCUGGAUUGCAUGACCCUUACAUAGAAAGCCAGGUGCUGUGCCUUUUGGAGAAGCUCUUUUCUGUCCUGGCAACCCUCUUCCAUGGCCGUGCUCUUCUUUCUUGGUGUUGCUCCAACAGGCAACUUCUCUUUCCCUCCUGUGGCGGCAGCCCCAGUGUAACACCGUUCAGGCUGCAGAGAAGAGGAGGAGUUACAGCACAAAGCUACAGCGUUUGCUUUCAAGGUCCUACAAUGUACUUUGCUGAUCCAGAUUCUGUGCUUCUGUUCUGAGUAAUGUUCCAGCAGGCAGGAUGCCGGGGAUCGCAUCACCAACACAAAACUCUGCUGGAGCAUUGAGCAGGCUGAAGACUCAGAUUUGCAGGUUAUCAGGACACAAGCUACAGAUAAGAAUAUAUAUGUAUUUAAAUAUGAGCCGCUCCCUUGUCCAAAGUUCAAGCUUCCAUAAAACAAGGAAAACACACCUGAAAAGUAUUUGUCUGCAAUAUCAGCUGUAUCUUCUUCUGAACAGCCAUUUCUUUUGCCUUUUAAAGACUGAGAUGGGACUAAUCAUCUUCUUCCUAUGUGCUUGUGUACCAAAGACAGCAGCAGGUCAUUGCAAGUGGGCAGAAGUUCUGAAAGAUUUGGAGCAGAUCAAGACAUCCAAAGAUAUUGAUGUCAGUUUAUAUACUGCAAAUACAGAUGAGGAUAAAGAAUGCCAAGAACCUGUAAUGAGAUGCUUUUUCUUAGAGACAAAAGUGAUUCUUCAAGAAUGUCUUAUCAAAAAUUGUAGUAAAACACAGGAUGUAUUGAACAUAUGGAAAAAUGGAAAUGCAAGCUUAGAAAAUAACAAGUCAAAUUCCACAAGAUCAGCAAAAUGCAAAGAAUGUGAAGAGUAUGAAGAAAAAAAUUUUACAGAAUUUAUACAGAGUUUCGUCAAGGUUAUACAGAGGGAAUGCAAACACUGACCAAAAGACAGAAGUUGGGAACUAGGAUUCUUCCAUGAACAUCCUCAGAGAAAUUAUGUUAUCACCAAUAAAAUGAAAAGAGCAUCACUGACAAUUCUACUUACAUAGCAAAACACGUAAACAAAGAAUAAUAAAAUCCCUGUAAUUCACAAUGUAUUUGUAACCGAAUACGUACAAAUGAUAUUACUUAUGAAAUAAAAAUGAAAGGAAUUUAACAGGGUUUAAAGCUUCUUCUUGACUUAAAGUGUCUUUAUUUUUGUUAAGUCCACUGGAAAAGAAAUCCUGCCUAAUUUACCAACCUUUCAACAAAAUUCUUUAAGAAAUCUAUCUCCAGCGGGAACC